AUUUCGUGCGAGCUACGCGAUAUGAAGUUCACGUGUUUCAUUACGGUGUGCGCAUGUCUGUCAUCAACAGUGUUCACUAACGAGGUCAAAUAUUUAAAUAAUAGAGUAAAGAAGAUUGCAAGAUCACCAGAAGAAUUGAUCAUCAAAGAUGCCGCAACAAGAAGAGAAAUAAAUCCUAUCCCCCAGAUUUAUUCCGAUAUAUACCCUACGUCGCGACAGUUUCAGUCGAGAGAGUCCAAAAAAAAUCACGAGGUUCAAUCUGGACCUCAACAGCAACAGCAAUCAUCACAACCACAACAAUCACCACAAUCCCAACAACAACAGCAUCGUUAUAACCGCGGCCGCUCGAGACAUUCAGCAAAACAUGUAAAGACCCGAUCAAUCGGCGGAUUACCGACAUAUGAGGUGAGCGACAAUCAGAUAGACUCGAUUCCUGAAGUGAUUUACGAUGAAGAACCGAUUCGUAUCGAGCCCAUGAUUCGCGUCACCAGGAAGAAGAAUGUCUUCGACUCCAUCAUUGACAUCGUACAUCAAUUGUUGGACCCUCCGAAGAACGAACUGGGCCCUCUCGUGCCUAUCCAGAUGCCCGGAUCCAAACGCAAGAUCUACUUGCGACUGAUAGAGCCGGUUGAUGCGAGCGAGGUGAUGGUACGCUUCGUCACGCAAUUACCGGUUCCCGUGAUCGAUGCGGAGAAACAAUACAAUCCCUUCAUCCCGAUUCCCUCAAUCGUCGAUCCCAUCACCAUGCUUAUGAAUCAAGCUCAUCACGGAAUACAUCCUGUAUUGCACGGCGAUCCGUUAUUCGCUUCCUCCUCCAAUCGUCAUCGUGCAAUUUAUCCGCCCCGAAACGUCAGCCACGUUAAAGGAGUGCAGCCACCGAAAUCACAGAAUUCGCAGAAUCCUUCGAAGGAUCCGCAAAUCAAAGGGAGUUUCCCACCCGCCAUAGAUUCAAACAAAGAGGAAAGCAACAAGAAUCACUUUACGAACACGCGAGUAAACUUGCAGAAUCAAGAACAACAAUUGUUGAGCGAAUCCGCGGCCUCAUAUUACCAGUAUCAAGCGGCAGGCGAGGAAGUCAUGAACAAAGUGAAAGAGCUGCUCGAGAAGGAAAACGUAACGACGACAGUCAAGACUGAAGCUGAUCCUUCGGUACAGCCCUGGCAUCAAUUAAGCACGCAUCGUUUGCCUCUUCGGCAAAUCGCCCCGUAUUCACCUGCAUCGAUGGAACAAGAUUCUAGCUCUCACACGGACACUUACAAAGCGCCGAGCGACGUCUUCACCGGUCCUAGUUCGUACUCGACCUCGUACGAGCAGUACAACGAUGCUGCUAACUCAGCUCCCGAAUUCUAUCCCAGCUCUUACAGCGGUCCGAGUUCCUACUCGACGCCCUACAAACAGAACGAGAUUCAUGAUGCUCACCCGAACACGUACUCGACCUCGUAUCACAAGCAGAACGAGUUCAAUAACGCUCCGAGUUCCUAUUCGGUCUCUUAUCAGGAUCAGAACGAAUUCAACGGUGCUCCGAGUUCCUAUUCGACCUCUUAUCAAAGUCAGGAGUACAGCGCCCCUGAUUCCUACGCGACCUCUUACGGAAAGCAAAACGAUCUUUUCAGCGCGCCAAGUGCCUAUUCGAGUUCUUACGAAAAACCGACUCCACCUUCGAGUUUCUACGAUAAGCAAACCGGUAUAACUGAGACCAGUGCGAAUUCUAAUGCUCUUGAAAUUGUAGAUCCACCGUCUUACUUGCCCGGUUAUCGAACGGAGAAUCAGGCUAGUCGAGGAUUCGGGACAAUCUCGACCCGACAACCGCGAUACAACAAUCCCCGCGAGAUGGCAGGCUUGAAUACCGAGGAAUCGGCGUCUCGCGUGAUAUGGGGUAAGUCAAAACAGGAGAAGGACGAGUCGAGCUUCCAGAAAAGCGCGGAGAUCACCGGCACCGGUAUCGAUGACAGUCGUGAGAAGUGGCAGCCGGUUGUAUUCGUGCACGAGAACGCGGGUUGGCACGAAGCGUACGAAGCCGAGAUGAUGAAAACUGCUACGACAGAACGCCAGGCAGUCCCCAAAGCUCGACCCACAAAGAAACCGUCGCGAGGAGCCACCGACCAGGCACGUCGGAAUGUUAAACAGCGAGGCAGCGUGAGUGCUCGAGAUUCGAGGUUCUCGACUGUCUCGGGAGAACAGAACGGUUGCGAGCAAAAGAAAUCCACGACCACAUCGACUACGACGCCUCGUUCCGAGAGUACCAUAAGGAUCAUUGAGAAGCAGACACAGUCGGUUGGUAGCGAGCUGAUAUUGGUCACCCAAUCGCCAAACAUCACGAUCGAAACUUUGAGACCAAACCUCACCGCGAAGAGUCCAAUGGUAAGUACAACGAUGAUGACGUUGACGACGGUGACGAGCAAGCCAUUGGUGACGACGACCAAGAGUCCUGAGUCGAUGAGCGUCAAAAAUGAGAUGACGGAGAGAUCAAAGCCGUUGUUGAUCAAAGUACUUAAGAGCACGACGACGGAGAAACCGUUGUUGCUGAUCAAGGCGAUCGAGAACAUCUUUAUGAGCAAUAUAGAAGAGAAACUGAUAGCGACCGAAGCAAGCGUGAUUAAGCCGACUGUGAGUAAUGUGAUGAAGAAAGUGAGGAGUACGACUGAGAAAUCGAGCAGUACGAUCGAAAAAACGUUGAUGAAGGUCACGACUAAGGUAUCGAAUAAUAAAGUGAAAAAAGCAGAGAUACCCAAAAGGCCUAUGAUAAUGAAGAAAUCGACGUACAUAAUGAAGAGACCGGCAUUAAGUAGUACUACAGAAAGGACAGUCACGACGCAGAAGCCGACGAUUAGUAGUACGACCAAGAAAACGACACUUGCAGGAAAAUCAAAAUUUUUUAGAACGAUCUCGAAAAGGAGGCCGACCACGACUUGAUGCUUUAUUUAUAUUAAUAGGGUGGUCCUCCUUUUUUCAAGCACGAUCGAUCCGCGU